AUGAAGCUCGUUCAGAUCGCUUACCUCGUACUCCUUGCAGCUUCCAGUGUCACAGAACGGUACCUUAUCAUUUGGGUCCCUGCGUACUGGCUGAGUUGCAUCCACAUCGCAAAAAGACAGAGCAAAGCAUGUAUACAGAUUAUUGUGGAAUACAGCAGGCCGAAGGUGAUAAAGUUGGGAUGGGAACUCAAGCAUGAAAGUUUUGACUCGUGUCAAUGGAGGCAAGUCAAGGAGACGUUGCACAGGCUCGAUGGGUUGGAGCUUCCCAGUGAUCGAAUCAUAUUCGACACUACCACUUGGAAAGCACCAGCCAACCCGCAUAGGCCGAUCACUGCGGUAAACGAAGUUGGUCAUCGUCAUUAUGGGCUUUGGCCCAUAUUUAUUGUGGUAGAACACCAGGAUCCUUACGCUCCACUCAGAAAUGGCCAUGUUGAGGCUCCAAGAACGUUCAGCGCUCAACAGAUUUCAUCUUGUGCAAACACUAAUUUGCUGACAAUCCUUCCUGCUGGAUCACUACAACCCGCUGGCUCGGUUCAACUUGGAUUUGGCUACCAGCAACUUGACACGUCUCAGGCUUGCAUGCGUAUUACCGAUGAGAUGGAUUUAGUUAACAGAGCUGCAUUAUCUUGUAUAAAAUCAACGUGGUUGGGUUGGAAAGGCCUCAGAGACGAACGCUCCUGUUGUACUCUUCUACGACUUUUUCAUAGCAACGUCACGCACAUUACAGUCAGACUUUGUUAAUACCAUGAAGCUCGUUCAAAUCGUUUACCUCACAAUCCUUGCCGCUUCCAGUGUCGCUGCUGUUGUCACUGGGGUAAGUAGAGCAAGAGCCCCUCAGAGUAUAACCUGCGACGGCCCGUGCGCCUCCUCUUCAGAAUCUUUGGGGUGCGAGCAAUAUGUAGGGACAUUGCCUUACCUUGUGGGCCCCGGGUGCUGGUCGUGCUGUACCUAACUUAGUUGACCCUGUCG